CGCCGUGCUCCCGACCGGGUUGCAAAAAUUAGGUGCCUUUUCUCAUCUUCUAACCACUACCAGGAGUCCGAGGACGGGGCUAGGGUGGCUGGAAUGGCCGCCCUAACGGGGCACCACUGGGAGCUCUUGUCGGCGACAGGAGAUGGCGUAGGGCUAAUUCAGUCGGCCAGAGCCACGACCUCCUCUAUAUAGAGGAGGUCGGGGCCAGAGCUACGAGUCGGAGAUCGCGAGGGCACAACCGGUCGGCACGGAAUCCAGCGAGCGAGUGGAAGUGGUGUGUAGGUGUUCUGUGGUGGUACUACAUGAUUUUGGUAUAGUUACCAUGGCAACUGUUUACAAACUCAGACCUCCAUGUGUGCGCGAACGUUGCUCGAAUCACCUCCAAGGGAGCUCUUUCUACAGUUCCUGCGACGCUAGUGAAAUACUCUACAUUGCACGUCACCCGGCCCAUAACUUCGCGAUCUUCGUCCGAAACUCAGAAUGAUGGAUUCUCGACCAACAACGUCGUCAUCUAACAGACCUCAGUCUCCAAACAUACGGUCCUUCACCGCGGCCACACAGCGCAGCGGACUUCUUGGCGCAGUUAGUCGCCUAAGCGGGCGACCGGGCACCCGCGCAGGCCCUCCUACGGCAAUGCUUUCGCAAAUGAACAUUCCAGAGCGGCCUAUGACCCAGCAUGGCCUUGUGGCGCCUAAGACUGGUUUUAAAUCGUCACAGCGACAGAUUCAAGACAAAAGUUAUUUUAUCGGCUUGCUGAGAGCAAAAAUGACAGAACUGAGUGUGGAGACUAAUCACUUGCAACGAGAAAAUGAAUUACUUGCACAAGAGCAAGCUACUUACUCGUCAUAUGAAAAGAAAGCAGAAGCUUUAAGUGCUGAACUAAAGGAGCUGCAAGGUGAAAUGGCGGACUACAACUUGCUUGUCGACAAGUUGAACACGGAUGCAGACAUGGAAGAUGUCAAGGAAGAGUACAGAGAACUUAAGAGCCAGAAUGACCAGGAAGUGAACAGCGUAGAACUUCUGUUUGAGCAGCGGCAAGACCGUGAGCGCCAACUUCGCCAGCUUGAAGUGGAGAUCGAGCAGGAAAGGAACAUGGCUGAUAACAUAAUAGCAGCAAUGCAACCAGAGCUACGCCAUAGGUAUACAGAGCAAAAGGACAUUAAUCAAUCACUUGUUGACCAACUGGACAAACUACAACAGCAGCUUCAAGGUCUUCAGUUGCAGAAAACUGCCUUAGAAGACGAUAUUUCAUUGUCUCCGGUGAAACAGGAAGCAGUGAAGCUUUAUGAACGGCUGAGGGAACUGGGAGAGAAAAAAGCACUUUUGGAGGAAGAACAGAAGAAACGAGGGACUCCAGCCCAGGAACGGGAGCGACUGCUUGCUCAGGUCAAGGAAGACAACAGUGAACUAUCAAGCAUGGAGAGGCAGGCAUCUGAGGCACGCGAGCGCUUAGGAAAACUGCAGGAGGAACUCGCUCAGCUUGACCAAGAGUUAGAGGAGCACAAUGGAGAACGACAAGCCAAGUAUCAGGAACUCCGCAAGCGGGAAGAAACAAUGGAUGCUUUCCUUGAGAGCUUUGAAGAGGUCCGUCAAGAUGAACACAAGCGCCAGGAAAAGCUCCAGGGGGAAAUUGUGCAACUUCUUGAAAGCUGCUCACGCUCUUUACCUCACUUUUUGACUUUACCAAGCCAAGAAGAAAUGGCCGUACUCAAGGAUGACCUGAUAUUUAAGGAAACUGAAAUGGAGAAGUCUAAAAUGACACUAUCUGCUCUAGGGCUGGAGCAGAAAAAGCUGGCAGUGGAUUUGCAGAAGAUAGAGCAGCUAGAAAGCAAAGUUCAGCAGGAGCUGGACAGCCUCAGAAACAAGACGAAACGAAUGGAAGAAGAGAUGAUUGUGUUUGGUGACCUGGACAAACUGAGAAGCUCCUCAGAGCUAAUGAAGCAGGAGCUGCUUGCAGAGAAGGAAGCUUUGCAGAUAAAGAAGGGGCCAACUCGAAAGGUGGUUGAAGAACUGCAAGCUCAGUAUGACGAAGCAAGAGCCACGCUGAAUGAAGAAGAAGGCUACACACGCUUAGUCAACCUGGAACGCCGCUGGCAGCACCAUGAGCAGAAUAACUUUGCUGCACAAGAGUACAUUGAGGCGAAGCUGGCCGAAUACAACUACUACCCCAUCAGGCAGGAUGUACAGGCGCUGCUGGAAGCCUAUAAUGCUGCCUUGCAGGAAAGCCUUGCAAAGGCAUCCUAUGGCUGAACUGCCCAGCCUAUUAUUAAAGUGGCCCUGCAACACUUUUUGAGCAUGGUCAGAAAACGCUGCGGAUCGGAAGUAGAGGCUCCCUACAACACGCGAGCCAAAUAUUAUAGCACAGCACUCAGCCUUGAAUUCACAAUAAAUUAUCAAAUUCAGCUAAAAUUUGCUUUCUCUUCGCUCGAAAAAUCAAGCAAUAUGUCCAAAAAUCACACGUAGCAAGUUCAUCUAUUAGCCAUUGGCUGAUUUGAACAUAGCGCGCUCCCUCGUUACAGAGAUUUCUGCGAGGUCGCUACUUGUCCACGCGUGCGCGCGCAAUACAACUGUAAAAGCCACGCAUUCUAAGAAAAAAA